AUGUCUGAAGCUUCGCCAACAACCUCGCUCCUCAAUCUCAAUGCCUUGCUUGACAACCCAGUCUUUGCUGGAGGCUUCGGCCUGGCGUCGCUCGGCGCGGCGCUGGCCAUGGCCCGCAAAGGCGCGAUUGCAAGUGCCGGCAUGAUCAGGAGGCGGCUCAUUGUCAAUGUCGAAAUCAGCAAAAAGGACCCAGCAUACCCCUGGAUUCUUGCAUGGCUCUCGCAGCCGCGCGAGUACACGUCGUUUCUCGAGAAGCGACUGACGCGAAUCAACAAGCUCGCCGUGACGACUGCAACCACGACGACACCCAAUGGCCCGACUCGUGCCAGCUUCUUUCUACAGCCCGGCUAUGGCAGACACAUUGUCAAACACAAACAUGCCUACAUCUCCGUGAACAGGGAGAAGCAGUCGACCUCGAACCUUAACACUGGCGAGCCCCACGAGACCGUCGAGCUCACGACGCUAUAUGCGCAUCGCCACAUUUUCGAGGACAUCUUCACCGAGGCGCGUGAGAUUGCGAUGCAGGCCAAUGAGGGAAAGACCACGGUAUAUUCUGUCCGCAAUUUUGACUGGGUACCCCUCGGCGAGCCCAAGAGGAAGCGGCCGCUGUCCAGCGUGGUCCUGGAUGAGGGCAUCAAGGAAGGCAUCGUUGGUGAUGUCAAGGAUUUCUUGGAAAGACAACAGUGGUAUAUCAAUAGGGGAAUCCCAUACCGAAGAGGCUAUCUGCUACACGGACCGCCAGGAAGCGGAAAGAGUUCUUUUAUUCAGGCACUGGCAGGAGAGCUUGAUUACAGUGUGGCCAUGGUCAAUCUAAGCGAACUCGGCGUCACUGAUGACAAGCUUGCGUUCUUGCUCACCAAACUCCCGGAGAGGACAAUAUUGCUACUCGAGGAUGUCGACUCGGCCUUUAUCAACCGUACCAAGCGUGGCUCCGAUGGUUACAACGGCCCCACGGUCACAUUCUCUGGCUUGUUGAAUGCCUUGGACGGUUUGUCGGCCAGCGAGGAGCGGAUUGCUUUCCUGACCACAAAUCACAUUGAGCUUUUGGAUCCGGCCCUGAUACGACCAGGUCGUGUAGAUAUGCUGAUACGGAUCGGGGAGGCAACUCGGCUUCAGGCAGCCCAUAUGUGGGAUAACUUUUAUGGCGAUGUCGAUCAGGAUGGUACAGGAAGAGAGCGUUUUCUGGCCAAACUGGAUGCACUUGGACUGUUUGCCGAGGCCAAAGAUGGAGAGCAGCCUCAGAGGACAUCUACGGCUGCCAUCCAAGGUCUUUUCCUAUUCCACAAGGAAAAUAUGGAAGGCUCCAUCAGCAUGGCCGACGCGCUCAUCCCACAAAAGUUCGAGGCCGAGCCUUGA